ACCACAAAAAUAGUAGCGAUAGCUUAUCAGCAACACAGCGACAUAAAAAAACAUUAGAAUAAGACUUAAUUUUUUUUUUGUAAUUCCUGAAAGCUAUUGAGUGUAAAAGCAAUAAUAUGUUUAUUUUAAAACCGACAGCAACAAAGUGUUAGCAUUCAAUAUUAAUUGUCGUUGAAACACAUUGUCUCAAUCAUCGCCACGGCCUUGAUCAAAGAGCCGUGUAAAUAAAUUGGAUUUAUUACGAAACUUGGAUUUACGAAUGCAAACGCUUUCAAAACUUCGCUAAGGUUUGGCUCUCAUUCUGGCUCCACACCGAUCAACAGGAUCAGAAUGGCCAUGCAUUCAUAUAUGCGGGCCAACCCGAAUCAAACUCAAACAAGCAGUGCAAACGAGAACUUGAGUGCGGAUGAGGUGAACGACUUCCUAAAGGACAAACAGGCAUGGGAGCACGCAAUAUCGCUCUACCAGGGACCCGAUCCGCUCGAUCACUGGUACAAUUACAUAUGCUGGUACGAAAACCAUGCACAUAGCGAUCCCGAACUUAAGUUCCGCGAGACGCUCGAACGAUGCCUCACAGUUUACGAGCACAACGACUAUUAUAGGCAGGAUGUGCGUCUUGUGCGCCUCUGGCUUAAAUACAUUGCAAUGCAGACGGACCAGCUGCGUUUCUAUCAGGUUCUAUUUCAGCGUGGCACCGGUCGCCAGGUGGCCGCAUUCUAUAUUGGCUGGGCCAGUUACUACGAGGCGCACGAACAGUUCAAGGACGCUGAAGCAGUAUUCAAUCUGGCGUUCCAAGAAAAAGCGCACAGCAAUGCUGAGCUGCAAAACGCCCACGCCAAGUUCACAUAUGUGCGCUCAUUGUUUUUCCAGCAGCAACAAGUGCAGCAGCAGCAACAGCAUCAACAUCAGCACCAGACAGCGUCUCACGAUGCACUGCAGCAGCUGACCACAUACACGCAAACCCAUCACCUACAGCAAGAGCAUCAUCAGCAGCAGCAGCAGCAGCAACAAGAUCAUCACCAGCAACAGCCAGCCUACCCGAAUCCUGCGCCAUCCACACCAUUGAGGUCUCAUCAUGUUCGCCAAGAUAACUUUCAUCAAUAUCAGCAGCAUCCGCAGGAGCUUACAUAUCUCGCCCAUGCACAAGAACACCAGCAGCAAGCCCAGUCACAGGCUCACUACCAGCAUCAAGAACAGCCGACUCCUUCAGCACCAGCGCGCUUCGGCCAACAGUUGCAUCAUCCCGCAUUUGAAGCUGCACAGAACCAAUCGCUCGCCCACUCGCACUAUUCGCCCAUGUUGCACCAGAAUCGGACUCCCUCAAAUACAUACCUCGGACCACAGCUUCAGGAACAGGCGGCGGUCACCGGAAGUCCUAGCGAGGGGCAACCGCAGCAGCAGCAGGAGUCCUUGACGGAAGUUGGAGGUGUGCGCUUGCCCCGAAAUUUUCAUGCUUACGGGCGGAACAACCACGAGACGUGGAAGCCAGCACUGACUCUAGAAGAGCCGGACGACCCAUCACGCGUCUGUCACUAUGCGAAACAAAUGGUGUACCCAGCCGGCGUGGGCAUCGAGUACAGUCCUGAAGAGCUGUUGGCGCGCAAGUACACGGAUCUGCUGAAGCAGCGGAAACAAUUGGCGCAGGCGCAAGCGCCGCAACAGCCACUCAAUAUCAAAGCACAAGAGCAGACCCAAAAAGAACCCACUUAUCAAGAUGGGCAGCAACAGGAUCUCUCCGAAUCCUAUCAAAAGGAGACAUCCUAUUGCAUGACGGCAAUGGCUGGAGCUAAACAAGCGAAUUCUGAAGUUGGCGGUGAUGAGGAAGGGGAGGAGGAUAACCAACCAGAGCAAUCAGACGAAGAAGAAGAGUCCGAUGAGGAGGGUUCCGAUCAACAGGACAACGAUGCAGAUGCGGAGCCGGCGAAGCAGGUUUACUCCAAUGGCGUGGACGUGGAAAUGAACUUUAAAGCACAGACGACCUUUGAGCAACAGAAUCGCUCUAUAAAGAUGAAAUUUAAAAAGGAACGCACGCUAGAGUGUAGCCCAUAUAGUGCCUAUACAAUCGAAAGCAUUUACCAUCAGCAUCAAGAGUUGCCUUCACCAGCGGCACCAACAGCCGAACCUAUGCGCAAGUUUGCUACCUCGUCCAAGACCUUGCAAGACUAUAGUGGAGCUACGACAAUGCAGCGCCAGCGAAACGAAAGCCAUCAUUUCCACCCGUAUAUUCUGGGCCACACCUCCACACCAAAAAGCACAGCAAAUGAGAGCAGGCGUGCGCGCGCCAAGGCGAAACAGGGCAACAAGUUUCAGGCUGAACUGUGCAGCAACAGUAACUCAUCCUGCUCAGUGGUGGACCAGUUGGCAAAUGGUGUUGAGCCUGGCGUUGUCCAUGCCGAUUUUGAAGCUGCCUCUGCACCAAUACACAACGCUACCUUCAAUGACAAUGCCAACUUCUCGUUCUCCAGUGCCGGUGGCCUGGACAAUUCGAAUGGCUCGCUGGCGCUGGCUGUGGAUAGACUUAAUUUUCGUGAAGCCACACAUGUUGCUGGUGUUGGCAAUAAAUCGCUGCCUGCGCACAAUAAUAACAACCACAUGCCUGUACAGAGCACAACACUGGCGGACUUUUCCACAUUUCAGGAAAACUCAUAUUUUGCCACGCAACACGAUGCAGAGGCACAGGAGCGCCGUCUGUCAAAAGCGCUGGAGACAAUUGCCCGUCACCUGGGCAAAGAGGCAAUCGAUCCGUUCAACAGCGAGCUCUGCCGCGCCUUUUUGGCUAAACUCAAUUUUCCUGGCGACAACGAUGCCCAUGCCAGCUAUAAAGUAGUGCAAACACCGCUGCCGAAAAUCUCCAACACGCGCAACCUCAGCGUCCUGGAAGGCGUGCAGUUCAACAUUGAUAAAGAGGUGGGUCGCGGAUCCUAUGGCUCCGUCUACAAGGCAACUGACACGCGCACCGGUAACGUUGUGGCGCUCAAGUACCAGAAGCCGCCAAAUACUUGGGAGAUCUAUAUAUGCGAUCAGGUGCUGAGACGCAUACGGGAUCCGGACGUGCUGCCAGGACUUAUGGACAUAUCGACUGCGAUUAUAGCACCGAAUGCCAGCCUUAUUGCCACUGAGUUCUCGCCUUUCGGUUCGCUGCUGGACAUUAAUAAUAAAAUACGUCAGGCCACCACAAAAGUGAUGCACGAGUCUCUGGUCAUGCACUUCUCAUCGCAGAUCUGCAAUAUUGUGGACCAUUUGCAUCGACAGCACAUCAUUCAUGCGGACAUUAAGCCCGACAACUUUCUGCUAAUGCGCGUACCAAGUGUGGAGAAUGCCGAACCUUCGCUGCGUCUGAUUGAUUUUGGAUGCGCCAUCGAUAUGUCGCUGUUUCCCGACGCCGAGCACACCAAGUUUCGCAAGGUGGUGCAAACGGACGGUUUUACAUGCAUCGAAAUGCAGGAGGGACGCUCCUGGUCUUAUGAAACAGAUCUUUUUUGUAUUGCCAGCACGGUGCACGUCAUGCUCUUUGGCGAGUAUAUGCAGCCGCAGAAACGAGCCGCCGGUUGGGAGAUACGUCAAAAGUUGCCGCGCUAUUUAAAGAAGCACGUGUGGUCCAAGUUCUUCUGCGAUCUGCUCAAUAUGCAAGCCGACAAGUUGCCGCAGCUGCAGCAAAUGCGCAAAAUCUUUGAUGAGGAAUGUUGCCGAAUGGACUCGGAACUGCAGAAACAAAUACGCACCCUCUCUAACAUUCUGCAUCGGCGAUAACCAACGCCAGUGUCAUAAAAUUCGUUAUCCAUUGCAAGUUAUUGAACUAUUUUUUUGUUUGUUUGUUGCAUUACCAAUUGGAUCUUCUGUUCGUUCGAGAUAAGCAAAAGUGUCACCUGCCAAGUCAUACAAAAACAAAAAAAGAAGCAAAUGUUUGCUUUUAUUCGAUUUUCUCUAUAGCAUUUAACACCUGUCAUCUUUUGGUUGUCUAAUUGCUAACACGAUUCUAGGUAAAACUUCAAUUACCUUCAUUGAUUAACAAUUACAAUUAACAUUUGUAAACAAACCUUUUCAGAAUUGAAAAUCUUUUUAUUUCAAUGUACAAGCUCAUAUAUUGUAACCAACUAAGCUUGCGUGCACUAAAAUUUAUCUAUAUUUAAAAAACUAUGGUUUUAUAUAGAUUUAAAAAAAAAACUCACACACACACACACACACACACAAAAUAUCAUUUGUAUAUCCCAAGCAUUAAGCAAAUUUAUAUUCGAACAACCAAAACUAUGCCAAAAGAUUAAUAAUUAACAUGUUUGAAUAUAAUUGUUUUCAAAUUCCUGUGCAACAAUACUAUAUUAAUUUAUAAUUAGUUUAAAUUCGAGCCCUUCAUAAAUAUCCGGCAAAAUACGUACUGAAUUGAACAUGGAAUACACUAUAAAAAAAAAAAAAAUUAUUAUUUAUAAAACGUACUUAGAAAGAUCAUAAACAAAGCAGCCCAAUUCAAUUCUCCGGCGUUAAUUUAGUUUCAUUUCCGAUUUUUUUUUUACGAAAAACUGGUAAGUUUCAGUUUCUGAAACACUAGUCAAUUAUGAGAAAGAAAAAAAAACGCCAAGCAAAAACAAUUGAUUUAUUAAUUCAAAGCGAACUAACCAUUAUUCAAUUUUGACCACAAUUUUAAGUAAACAAUAGAAAUGGCUUUUCACUUGAGCAUUUUCGCCUGAAAAAAAACACUUUUACGGACCACCAAAUAGAUGAUUUUUGAUUUAUAUUAAGUACUUAAGUAUUUACAUGUAAAUAUAUACAAUGAAAAUGUUCGUGCAAAUAAGAUUGAAUAAAGAAUAAGCUAAAAAGAGUAA